UUCAGGGGACAGAGUUCAUUCCAUUCCAGGACUAUUAAUAUAGCCAACUAUUUAUAUUGCUGCGUUCCUACAGCACUAAAGCAGAGCACUACAGCUGCAGAGCUAAAACGGAAUAAAAUGUCAACCACCAAGGAGAAAGUGAUCAUGCUAGAGACUGAAAGAAGAGACAGUGAAAAGACAGAGUAAGAGAAUCUUCACAGAUCCUGCCUGAUACCGCUGGGUUAGCUGAUCUUCAUAGCUGUCUGAUACCUGCAGCCUGAAAACAGAACCAGUCAAUAAUCUUACUACAGGAAAAUGAAGCUAUUCUGAGAAGCUGCCAGAAAUACGCGCUCAGCGAAGAUUCUGGCAGAGGGAUAGAGAACUAAGCUAACCUGAAAGGAAGAUUUGGGGUCUCCAACUGCCUUGUUACCUGCUCUGAUCAGAUGAUGGAGAGCUCAGGAGGACCGUAUUUGAACACAGCAGCAGUGGCAUCCCCAGUGGGAAUAGCCCGUUUGUUGCAAGUGGCGUUUGGAUGUACUACGUUCAGCCUGGUGGCCCAUCAGGGGGGAUUCAGUGCAGCCUAUGGCACCUUCUGUAUGUUCGUCUGGUGUUUCUGUUUUGCUGUCACCAUCUUUAUAAUAACCUGUGAGUUCACUCGUCUCCACAGCUGCCUGAGCAUCUCCUGGGGAAAUUUCACAGCUGCUUUUGCCAUGCUGGCCACACUCAUGUCCAUCACUGCGGCUGUGAUCUACCCGCUUUAUUUUGCCCAGUUUGGCUGUUAUUCCAUCAGUUGCAAGGUGAGAGAUUUCCGCAUAGCAGCCAGUGUCUUUGCAGGGCUCAUGUUCAUUGCUUAUGCUGUGGAGGUGUUUCUAACCAGAGCCAAGCCAGGACAGGUGACCAACUACAUGGCCACAGUAUCUGGCCUCUUGAAAAUUGUCCAGGCCUUUGUGGCCUGCAUCAUCUUUGGGGCACUGGUAAAUGACAGUCAAUACAUCAAUUAUGUGGCUACCCAAUGGUGUGUGGCUGUCUAUGGCUUCUGCUUUGUGGUGACAGUGGUGGUAGUGGCCUUCAAUGUCACGGGAAGGACAGCAAUGCUGCGGUGCCCCUUUGAGCGCUUUGUGAUCAUUUACACAUUCAUGGCCAUCCUCAUGUAUGUGAGUGCAGCAGUGAUCUGGCCAGUGUUCUGCUUUGAUAGUAAGUACGGGUCCCCAUGGCGCCCCUACCAGUGCUCGCAGGGCAAAUGCCCCUGGGACAGCCAACUGGUGAUUGCUAUAUUUACGUAUGUGAACCUGGUGCUUUACAUUGUGGACUUGGCAUACUCUCAACGCAUCCGCUUUGUCUCACACCCUUAAAUUCCAAUGCUGCCCCUGCAAAGCCAUCAGGGCUCAAGCAACAACCAAGUUGUUGGAGACAGGGGUUACAGAAAGUAGCUGCUGAGCCAGACACACCAAUAAAUGCAACAAACUUCAAGGUUAAGACUGGACCAGUAAAUGAACAAUAUAUAAUGGGUGGGCAGCAGAUGAGUCUGGAAAGAAGACAACAACCUUUCUUACCCUUCAACAUUUGCUUCAUCCCUUCUGUAUAGGGGAAAGGAAUAGCAUAGCAAACUGGAUAGUAUCCUUGCAUCUCCGCCAAACAUGAACGUCUGCUGCAAGCGUGGCUAUGUAUGCCACUGGAUUAUCAGCCAAAUAUUAAGCAGGGAUCAGUGAGGUCUUGGAACUGCUACCAACACUGAACUCUAACCAAGAAGUGACUGUAUCCAGGGAAGAUUGAGGAGUUCAGAGACAGCAGCAGCUCUAGAACAGAACGAGGAUCCUUCAAAAUCCCAAAAUGUUAUUUCUAUUAUGGUGAGAAAUUCAUUGCUUAUAAACAUGGGAGAUUCUAGCCAAAAUGGGUCUGAGGGAGAAGGACAUUACAGCAAUUAUGCUGAUUUGAAGACUAGGAGUCCCCUCACUUGCCCACAUACACUGUGGAAUAAGCAUAGCCUUAUUCAUGUGCCAGGUUAGAAAGGUUAGGGAUAUUUUUAAGUACACUCUGAGACAUUACAGAAGUGAAAGUUGCUGAGUCAUAGCUCUACUAUCCAGAACUGGAGUGUGUGGUGGAUCCAAGGCCUCAAAAUAACCACUUUUAGUUUGAGCUCCUCACUGUUCACUGAGGCAGGGUCCG